AUGAUCACGGCGGCGGUGCGCGUAGGCUCCAGUCUCCUGCUCGAGCCCGCGCGCGAGCUGCUGUUCCCGCUGCCGGACGCGGCCGCACCGCAUCAACGGCCGUGCUGCACCCUGUCGCUCACGAACCUCUCGCCGUGCAACGACGUGAUCUUCCGCGUCCGCACGCGCCAUCCGGACGCCUUUACAGUCCGACCGACGUACGGAGCAAUAGCGCCGGGCGCCUCUUGUCGCGUGGUAGUCGCGGCCAGCAACUCGACGUGCGAUAGCGUGCGCGCAAUGGACGCAGAGGACAUGCGGGUCUAUCAAUCGUCAGAGCUGUUCCUCGUACAGAGUGUGGAGCGCGCGUGCGACGACCACGCGACGGCGAGUCGAGACAGAACGUCGAGCACGUGGGUGCGUGAGUGCUGGCAGACAGUGACGACGGACCGCGUCACGGAGCACAAGUUGGUGUGUCGCUUUGCUGCCGUGUCGUCAGGUGUUGCAGACGGUGUCGACACAAGCGAGAGGCGGUCUGGUUUGCGCAGCCUGAGGAGCACAAGUGCGAGUUCAGACGCGUCUCGGUCGAGUCGCAGUGGACAGCGGAGCUCAAGUAUGAGUGCAGCAGAGUUGCCGUCUUCUCGCAGCAGUGGCUACUGCGAACGACGUGGAUCUCGUCGAUCGUGGAGCAACUACAGCACCUCCUCGGAACCAACGGGUCGCGAAGGGUGUCAAGGUCGCCAUGCAUCGGUCGACAGCGAUGCUAGCUUUUACACGACCAUUGAGCCUCCUGAGCAUGCUGGUGGAGGUGCAGGAAAAAGGAUGCCGGGUGUAACAAACGGCGGCGUGUCGUCGAGGGCAGGACGACGAGGCACGGUUUUGACAAACGACACAAUGGUGUCUGCUCGCUCAGAUGUUUCUGUUGCCACGACUGUAGCAGAGCCGACGCGCGACCGGAAUUCGUUGCUCUACCAUAUUCAGCCGGACGAUGCGCUGUUAUUCGAUGUGAAGCCUGCACCGCGCAUGUGGGGAAGCAGGUCGUUUUUCAUCGUGAACUCAAGCCCGGAUCGAUGCCUUAUGUUUCGGGUGCGUACGUCGAACCAGUCGGGCUACGUCGUCAAGCCGAGCCGAGGCCUUGUGUCUGCAACAAAUGCGCUGGAAGUGACAAUCUGGAUUUGUGCGCCUCGUCACGAGAGCGAGUUCGAUCCGACGCAACGGGAGGCGAAAGACAGCUUUCUGGUCGAAGUCGCCAAUGUCACGUGGGACAAGUACGAUGAGUUGAUGAACGCCGACGAGCAAAAGCGCACGCAGACACUGCGGCAUCUCUGGACCCUCGUGCCUCGAAGUGAGCGCGAGUCGACGAUGCUUGCAGUCAAGCUGAAGAUGGACAAUAGUAUCACGACGACAAGUAGCGCCCGCGGAAGGUCUGCAGACGGCAGUUCCGCUGAUGCUCGAAGCAAGAUGAACGCUACAGGGACGACUGAAAGCAGGAUUGAGAGGACUCGGCCUCAAGUGGUGGCGUCGGUGGUCGAAGGCUUGAAGAAGCUGUCGACCUCUGUGUCAACGGGCGUGAGCACAGCGGAGGGCGACAUCGACUACCGGUACUCGGACUCGGACUCGGACGAGUCGGUGUUCACUAUUGCUCCGACUGCCAUCACGUCCACUGCGACUGGCAACAAGGACAGGGAGGACAACGUGGCCGACGACGGUCCGUCUUUGCAUGAUCCACCAAACCCGACUGUGAUUGUCGUGUCCGCCGACAGGAUGGACACGGUCGAUUUUUCCAACCCGCAGUUGUCGUUCUUUAUUUAG